AUGAGCUCUAGCGAUUGGCGCUCAAAUGAGGGCAGCAUCAACGUUGUCGACGAUGCCGACCUCGUCCGCGUCGGGCAGAAGCCCUCGCUUGGCGCGUGGGGCACCAUCAAGUACACCACCUGGCUCUUCUUUCUCUGCUUCUCGCUCGCCGGCGUCCAGUUCGUAUACUCGAUCCAGUUUGCCAUCGGUACGCCGCUGUUCCGGCAGAAGCUGAAGGUGAGCGAUGCCAACAUCGCCAUCAUCCUGUCCACCGCCGGACCCAUCUCCGGCUUCCUCGUGCAGCCGGUCAUCGGCGUGCUCUCCGAUGCCUGUCAGUUCAGGUUUGGCCGGCGUCGGCCAUUCAUCCUCGGCGGCGCUCUUCUCUGCGCGGCGGGUAUGGCGAUCAUCGGCUUUUCGGCUUUCAUUGGUGACGCCAUCGGCGAUUCGACCGGCGACGAUGUGGGCCACCACUGGCGCGCCCUCAUCUUUGCCAUCGCCGGCCUGUGGAUCAUGAACGUGGCUGUCAACAUCAUGCAGGGACCCGCCCGUGCCCUCGUGGCCGAUGUGGUCGACGCCGAGUACCAGCAGCUCGGUAAUGCCAUGGUCUCGUGCACCAUGGGUCUGGCCGCCGUCAUCGGUAACGUCGUGGGCGCUCAGUUCCUGGGCACCUCCGAGCCCUACGUCUACCUCUUCAGCUCAUCUCUUUCCGUUACACCACCCGGUAGCAUGGGCAUCGGCCUGGUGCUGGCGAGCACCAUUCCUACGCUCAUCGUCGCUGGCGAGACGCCGUUCGUGAGGCCCGAGGGCAUGAAGGUCAACAUCUUCUCGGUGUGCGGUUACUCGCCCUUCAUGAUCUACAUCACUACCUUCUUCGGCAAGAACGUCAACGGUGGCAACCCCGACGCCGAUCCGCCCACCGUCUACCAGGACGGCGUCAAGUAUGGCAUGUACGCCCAGGCCGGCUUGGCCGCCGUGUCUCUCGUCUACUCCUUCGUCCUGCCCUACCUCGUUAAGUUCUUGGGCGUCAGGCCGACCUGGUUCGUGACGCAGGCGAUGCAGACCGCUUGCUUCAUCCUCUUCCUGUGGUUCGACCAGCUGUGGGUCGCCGUUCUGCUGACGUGCGUUGUGGGCCUCAACUUCACGACCUUCAACUCGGUGCCGUUCGCUCUCGUCACCAACAUGGUGGCCACCGCCGAUGCGGGCAUGUAUAUGGGCGUGCUGAACUCUGCCGGAGUCGUUGCCCAGACUGUGACCAACAGCUUGGCCAGCCCCAUCCUCUCGUGGAAGGACCAAAACGUGGCCUGGGCGAUCGCCUUCGGCGGCAUCCUCGCCGGCAUUGCGUCGGUGCUGGUCUGGAUCGUGCCGAGCGUGCCGGACAAGAAGCAGGAGGACGCAGACGAUGCUCCCACGCAACCGCUCCUCAGGGAUGUCUGA